AACCACCCCAAACUGUGGAAUAUAUCCUUGUGGUUUCUUCCCCUUUUCCUGCUCAUUUUUUGAAGAAUCCUUUGUUCUUUGUUACACCCUUUGUUUUGUACUUUUUUGUUGUUGUUGUUGUUGUUUGUUUGCAGUUGUAAACUGUACUGACCCCGGGCACCUGGAAAACAGCAUCCGUCAAGUGCAGCCGAGUGGUCCUCACAGAUUCAGCUUUGGAACAACUGUCUCAUAUCAGUGCAGCCAUGGAUAUUACUUACUGGGUACACACGUCCUUACCUGUCAGGGGGAUGGCACUUGGGACCGUGCCCUCCCACAGUGUCUUUUGGUCUCUUGCGGGCACCCGGGCUCGCCGCCCCACGCUCAGAUCUCGGGUGACAAAUACACCGUCGGCUCCGUGGUUCGCUACAGCUGCCUGGGGAAGCGGGCUCUGAUCGGCAACUCCACACGCAUGUGCCAGCUGGACGGGCGCUGGAGCGGCUCCCUGCCACACUGCUCAGGAGGCAGCCAGGGUGUGUGUGGCGACCCGGGGAUCCCAUCGCACGGCAUCGGGCUGGGGGAUGAGUUUGGUGUGGACAGCGUGGUGAGGUUCAGCUGUGAGCCUGGCUACACUCUGAGGGGCUCAUCGGAGAGGACGUGCCAGGCCAACGGCUCCUGGAGCGGCGUGCAGCCCGAGUGUGAAGUUAUCUCCUGUGGGAACCCAGGCACCCCCAGCAACGCCAGGGUUCUGUUUAACGACGGCUUGGUUUUCUCCAGCUCCAUCAUAUAUCAAUGCAGGGAGGGCUAUUACUCCACUGGUGUGCUGAGCAGGCACUGCACAGUGAAUGGGACGUGGACAGGCACCAGCCCAGAGUGCACAGUGAUCAACUGUGGUGACCCAGGUGUGCCAGCCAACGGCAUUAGGCUGGGCAGUGAUUUUACCUACAACAAAACAGUGGUGUUCCAGUGCAUGCCUGGGUACAUGAUGGAGUCGGACAGAGCAUCCUCUCUGAUGUGCACAAAAGACCGAACCUGGAACGGCACCAAACCUGCCUGCAAGGCCAUCGUCUGUAAAUCCCCACAAGCCAUCCCCAACGGCAAAGUGGUGGGCUCGGAUUUCAGCUGGGGCUCCAGCAUCAGCUACGCCUGCUUGGAGGGGUACCAACUGUCCCUGCCUGCCGUGCUCACCUGCGAGGGGAACGGGACCUGGAGCGGGGAGAUCCCCCAAUGCUUCCGUGAGUAGGCAGCCCUGCACAUCCACGGAUGGGUUGGGAGAGGGACAGGGCUGAAACGCCUGGAUGCACUCACUCCAUCUCUUUGUAUGUAGGCGUGAGGUCAGGUUUGUGACAGGUGUGAACUCCUUGCGUGUUCGUGUUUGCGUGACGUCCUUAAAGCUCGUGGCUGUUUGUCCAGGUGCCUCCUCGAGUUCAGUGAUGAGAAAAGCCCUUUGACAAAGGGCUCUGUGGAGUCGCAGCAGAAGUUAGGAACGUUUUGUGAAGACAGAGCUUUGGCUCUUGGAAACCUGUGUACUCCAUUAAAUAGCUAAUGCAAAAAAUUAGUUAAACGUCUCAUAGUGAUAAAGGCAGAUUUGAGUUUCUUUUCUUGGCUGAAUGGCUGGCAGCUGCACAAUAGCCAUUUUCGUAUUAAAUCACACAAAGCCCUCACUGUGUUCCUUGCACCCUUCCCUGGAUCUUGUAUAAUUAGUGGGCUUUCUGUGUGACAUGGAACCACACAGCAAUUUGACAUCAUGCAAUUAGGGACACGUUUUAAAGCUAAGCAUGCUGCCAGGGGGGAAAA